AACAGAGCGUUAAAUUAAACACAAACAAUGGAUUUUACAUUAGAUUUAUUCAUUUACAACUCACUUUCACAUUCUCACUCCACACACACUUUUUCAUGUUUCUGUUUCUCUCUCAAAGAACAUGAUCAUGAUCAUCAUGUGCUGAAGUUGUUACUCUGUUUUAUUUUUUUUUAUAAUCUUAAUUGUUGUUUUUUUGGUAUUUGUAAUGAAGGGUGAAGAAGGGGUGAAGACAACAACAACAACAACCUUGGAAGCUCCGAAGGAUGUUGCAGCUGUUGAUUAUGUUGCUGCUGAUGCUGUUGAAGAAAUUGAAGAGCAUGGAAAUGACUCUUUAGCUGAAAAGGAAAAUUCUCAGGUGGAAAAAGAGGUAUCAGAUUAUGAAGAUGAAGAAAAAGAAGAAGAAGAUGAAGAUGAAUCAGAUGAAGAAAAUGGAGAUGCUGCUGAUCUUGAAGGUCUAUCUCUUGAUGAUGGCUUCUUUGAAGUUGAAGCUAUUCAGCGCAAGAGAUACCGCAAGGGAAAGUUGGAGUACUUUGUGAAAUGGUCGGGAUGGGAUGAGUCAGCAAAUACUUGGGAGCCUCGAGAUAAUUUGGUUGCUCUUCCUGAGAUUGUUCGAGCUUUUGAGGAACGCUUGCAAUCGACACCGCAUCAGAAGCGCAAGCGAACGCAAUCUAGUAAUAGCGCUCCACUCAAGAAAAGGGUGGAGCGUUCCGCCACUCCUUAUAGCCUUAGAGGCAUAAAAACUGGUACAACUAGCACCAACCAUUCAAAGGCGGCUGACAGUAAUUCACAACCCGCCGCCCCUCUCAAUGAGCAACCCAGUAUUCUCGACACUCCUGCAUUUCCUCAGACCGUGCUGUUUGCUGACGAAGUAGAAAAUUACGGUGAAGGAAGCGGUCUUGAAAAAGUCAAUCAGGCUAAUAAUGAUAUGUCUGUGGAUCCUCCAGAAGAUGUUCCUCGAAAGAAUGAGGAAAACGAGUCUGAUCCUAAGCUUACUCCAAACAUCGAAGAAAACAAGUCGGAUCCUAAGCUUACUCCAAACAUUGAAGAAAACAAGUCCGAUCCUGAGCUUACUCCAAACAUCGAGGAAAACAAGUCUGGUCCUAAGCUUACUCGAAAAAUUGAAGAAAAGAAGUCUGGUCCCAAGCUUACUCGAAAAAUUGAAGAAAAGAAAUCUGGUCCUAAGCUUACUCGAAAAAAUAAGGCAAGCAAAUCUGAUCCUAAGCCUACCCCAAACAAUGAAGAAAACAAGUCGGGUCCUAGGAUUACUCGAAAAAAUAAGACAAAGAAAUCUGAUCCUAAGCCUACUCCAAACACUGAAGAAAACAAGUCAGGUCCUAGGCUUACUCGAAAAAAUAAGGCAAAUAAAUCGGAUCCUAAGCUUACUCCAAACAUUGAAGAAAACAAGUCGGGUCCUAGGCUUACUCGAAAAAACAAGGCAAAUAAGUCUGAUUCUAAGCUUACUCCAAAAAUUGAAGAAAACAAGUCGGGUCUUAGGCUUACUCGAAAAAAUAAGGCAAAUAAGUCCGAUUUUAAGCUUACUCCAAAAAUUGAAGAAAAAAAGUUGGGUCCUAGGCUUACUCGAAAAAAUAAGGCAAACAAGUCGGGUCCUAAGCUUACUCCAAACAUUGAAAAAAAAGUGUCUGAUCCUAAGCAUACUCCAAACAUUGAAGAAAAAGAGUGGGAUCCUAAGGUUACUCGAAAGGAAAACAAGUCUGAUUCAAAGCUUACUCCAAAUGUCGAAGAAAACAAGUCCGAUCCUAAGCUUACUCCAAACAUUGAAGAAAACGAGUCUGAUCCUAAGCUUAUUCCAAACAAGGAGGAAAACAAGGUUGAUCCUAAGCUUACUUCAAAGAUUGAAGAAAACAAGUAUGAUCCUAAGAUAACUCCAAACAAGGAGGGAAACAAGUCUGAUCCUAAGCUUAGCGAACAUAAAGCUACAGCAACCAAUGAAAAUGACGCUAACAACCUCGCUAUACAGUUUGAAGAAGCCGUGACUCCUCCUAUAAAACCUCACAUGACUGAGCAGCCAACUGCGGUUUUCACAGAAGGGAUUACCAAACAAAGUGCAGGUAGCGCAGAACCGGUUCAAACUGGCUCCGGACGGUUAGGAACCAGACGGAGAAAAACUAUUGCGAAGAGCUGA